AUGGCAAUUUCACCUUCCGACACACAGGUCAACAGAAACAUGAGUGGAAACCAAAAUCUUUAUUAUAUCAUUGCAGCAGUGGUGACGGUGGUGUCGAUUCUGGCUGUACAGAUUCUGUUCAAGUCGUCGGCUGACAAACCUGCUCUUGACAAGAAUGUUUUCCGGGAGUUCCCCCUGAUCCAGAAGACCGUGUUGACCCACAACUCGGCUGUCUAUAGAUUCGGACUGGCUCGUCCUACUGAUAAUCUUGGUUUGCCUAUUGGCCAACAUAUCUCGGUUGCUGCUUAUAUCAACGACAAGGAAAUUGUUCGUUCUUAUACACCCACCUCGUCAGAUGACGACAAGGGCUACUUCGACCUUCUUAUUAAGUCGUACCCCAACGGAAAUGUUUCCAAGUAUGUCAGUGAGCUCAAGUUAGGAGAUUUGGUCAAGGUUCGUGGUCCUAAGGGUCAAUUCAACUACACUAAUGGUUUGGUUCGCGAGUUUGGUAUGGUAGCUGGUGGUACUGGUAUCACUCCCAUGUACCAGAUCAUGAAGGCCAUUGCCAAGGACCCCAACGACAAGACCAAAGUGAGUCUCAUCUACGCCAAUGUCAGUGUUGACGAUAUCCUCCUCAAGAAGGAAAUUGACGAGCUUGUUGCUGAAAACGACAACAUCAAUGUGCACUAUGUUCUCGACAGACCUCCUGAGGGCUGGACUGGCAGCACUGGUUUCGUGACCGCCGACAUCCUCAAGGCUCAUGCCCCAGCUCCUGCUGCCGACGUCAAGCUUCUUCUUUGUGGCCCACCUCCCAUGGUCAGCGCUGUCAAAAAAGCUGCUGUCACUCUCGGCUACGAGAAGGGUAAGCCCGUAUCUAAACUCGAGGACCAGGUGUUUGCUUUCUAA